GGGAGCGGGAGCGCGGGGACGGGAGCUGAGCCGGGACCGGCCGGGGACAGGAUGUGUGACCGGAACGGCGGCAGGCGGCUGCGGCAGUGGCUGAUCGAGCAGAUCGACAGCGAGCUGUACCCCGGCCUCAUCUGGGAGAACGAGGAGAAAUCCAUGUUCCGCAUCCCGUGGAAGCACGCCGGGAAGCAGGACUACAACCAGGAGGUGGAUGCUUCUAUUUUCAAGGCCUGGGCUGUUUUCAAAGGCAAGUUCAAGGAAGGUGACAAAGCGGAGCCGGCCACGUGGAAGACGCGGCUUCGCUGCGCUCUGAACAAGAGCCCUGACUUUGAGGAGGUGACAGACAGGUCCCAGCUGGACAUCUCUGAGCCCUACAAGGUCUACAGGAUCGUGCCAGAGGAGGAGCAGAAAUGCAAAGCAGGGAUUGCCAGCGGGAGCAGCCUGAACGAUGUCACGGACAUGGACUGCAGCUCCUCUGCCAUCGAUGACCUCAUCAAAGAGCCCUCCUGUGUGGAUGAAUACCUGGGGAUCAUCAAGAGGAGCCCCUCACCCCCCCAGGAGACCUGCAGGAACCCCCCAAUACCCGACUGGUGGGUGCAGCAGCCCAGCCCUGCGUUGCCCCUGAUGAAUGGAUACUCCAGCUACGAGCAGUACCACUCAGGUUAUUCCCAGAUGGUGAUCAGCUUCUACUACAGCGGGAGGCUGGUGGGCCACGUCAGCACCUCGUGCUCUGAGGGCUGCAGGAUCUCCCUGGGCCAGCCCUCGGGCCACGGGGAGAAGCUCUACGCCCCGGAUGCCCUGGAGCACGUCCGGUUCCCCUCGGCCGACGCCAUCCAGAACGACCGCCAGAAGCAGAUCACCAAGAAGCUCUUUGGGCACCUGGAGAGGGGUGUCCUCCUGCACAGCAACAAGCAGGGCAUCUUCAUCAAGAGGCUGUGCCAGGGCAGGGUCUUCUGGAGCGGGAACACCAUGGCCUACAAGGACAGGCCCAACAAACUCGACCGGGAUGAGGUGGUGAAGAUCUUUGACACCAACUUGUUCUUCCGAGAGCUGCAGCAGUACUACAACAACCAGGGCCGCUUCCCAGACAGCAGAGUCGUGCUAUGCUUCGGGGAGGAAUUCCCGGAUGCCGUGCCGCUGAGGUGCAAACUCAUCCUCGUCCAGGUGGAGCAGCUGUACCUCAGGCAGGUGGUGGACGAGGCUGGGAAGACCUGCAGCUCCAGCCCUAUGCUCCCCAUGGCUGAUGAGCCCCAGCACGACCAGGGCUACCGGAUCUUCCAGGACAUCUGCGCCACACGGCCGCUCUUCCGGGAAAACCAACAGAUCGCAGUCUGAGCCCCCUGCUCCCCUCCCAGCCUGCUGGGCUGCCCUCAUCCACACCCAGAUUAGUCCCAGGAGUGCCUAAAAUCCUUUUUUUUUUUUUUUUUCUUUUUUUUUUUUUUUUUUUUUUUCUUUUUUUUGAAAGUUGGGUUUUGUUUCUUUGCUAUUUCCAGUGCAGAGUCUGUAUAAAUCCAGUGGUGGAAAUUGCCGUGAGCAAAUAGGUUGGAUGUUCAGUGCCUGCAAACAAUCUAUGAUAAAAAUGACUCUUCUAGUCCCAGGACUGUCUGUAGCUCACAGCUGGGGGACCAGGGAGCAUCCAAGCUGUGCAGGGAGGUCAGGGCUGGCUUUGCUUUGUGUUGCCUUUGUUAAUGGCCAGUCAAGCAGAACCAAAAAUCAGCAGCUCUAAGCACCUGCCCCAACAAUCUGCAACUCAGACCUUGCUGAGAGCAGCAACUUGAUAGGAGGUGACUCUUGAAAAGCCUUAGAAUGCUCAAAUUUAGGAAAUUCCAUCCAGGAAUCAGCUUUCCCCCUUCAAAGAGUCCUGCUGGUGGAAGGCAGGGUGUGCCUCCCAAAGAGAACUCCUGAGAUUCCUCUUUAUUUUUGCUGUGAGAUUUAUGCGUUUCUCUUUCGUGCCAAAGUGGAUUGCAAUUUGGAAACCGAUGCAGAGGUUCUAUGUGUAAAUACUGACUAUGAGAACUUAGGAAUCCUCAUUUUUCCUGACCGGAGCCAGAGUUUAUAUAAACACAGAGAAUUUUAAUUUUUCAAGAUUGCAGCGUAGUGUGAAUAGCUUGGCUUCACCCUCCCCAACACACGUGUGGGGCUCUCCCAAGCGUGUCCAGGCAGCGUCAUCCAUGUGUAAAUCCUCGUUUUCACAGCUUCUGAGUGUGCCCCCAGCUCUGGGGAGCUGCUGGUGCCUCCCAAAGCAGGGCUGCACAUGUGUGCGUGCCACCAAAGCUGCCUAUUUAUUGUAUGCCUGAGGUUUAUUAAUUUUUUGGGGGGUAAAUUUUUAUAUCUCCCUGCAAUUAAAGUGCUAUAUUUUGUA